CAAACUUUGUCAACGUAUUUCUUGCAUAAUUGAAACGCGUCAAAGUUCAUUGAAUACAAUUAAAUUUAAUAUUUGUUAAAUCAUGCAGUGUCCGUUCCUAAACCGUUUUGGUGCAAAUUAUCUACGCAAUUACGCUGAGAUAUUGUACCAGUCUUAUGGAAUUUUCUGCCCAGUUAUUAGCAAAACCAUUCAUAAGACUAAUGAAAAUAAACUUUCUCCAUUGUCGCCAUUACCUUUUUCAGUGAAGUCCACAAGGUCAUACUCAACAAAAAGGUAUUCGGUUGAUACUAGUCUUGCAGAUUAUGAUGUAAGGAGUCACAAUGACAAAGCAAUUGUCUCUGCUAAGGAAAAUUCUACUUUUCCUUACGAAAAAUUUUUCAACGAGCAGAUUUUGAAAAAAAAACGAGAUCACUCUUAUCGUGUUUUUAAGCGAGUGAAUCGCUUAGCUGGUGAUGGCUUAUUUCCACAUGCACUCGAAUAUUCCUCUCAAUCGGAACGUCCAAUUACCGUUUGGUGCGCAAAUGAUUACUUAGGCAUGUCCGCUCAUCCAAAUGUGAAAAAUGCUGUAAAGGAAGCGUUGGAUAUUCAUGGAUCUGGUGCCGGCGGAACGCGUAACAUAGCUGGUAAUUCAUUGCAUCACGAGCGUCUUGAAAGAAAACUAGCAGAUCUCCAUCAAAAGGAGGCCGCACUCUUGUUUACCUCUUGCUUUGUAGCCAAUGAUUCAACGUUAUUUACACUUGCUAAACUGUUGCCUAAUUGUCAUAUAUUUUCGGACUCUGGUAACCACGCUUCUAUGAUUCAAGGCAUACGAAAUAGUGGCGUUCGAAAACACAUAUUUCGCCAUAAUGACGUCAAUCAUUUGCGUGUUCUUCUUCAACAAGUUGACAAGGUGACACCGAAAAUUGUCGCAUUUGAGACUGUGCAUUCAAUGACCGGUGCUAUAUGCCCACUAGAAGAACUGCUCGAUGUUGCACAUGAAUAUGGGGCUAUUACAUUUAUUGAUGAAGUGCAUGCGGUUGGACUAUAUGGUGAUCAUGGGGCAGGAGUUGGAGAACGUGACGGUGUGUUAUCUAAAAUGGAUAUUAUAUCUGGAACUUUAGGAAAGGCGUUUGGCAACAUAGGUGGCUACAUAGCUGGGUCUUCUGCCCUUGUUGAUAUGGUGCGAUCUUAUGCGGCUGGUUUUAUAUUUACCACAUCAUUGCCACCAACUGUAAUUUGUGGUUCACUAGAAGCAAUAAACAUACUAGCCUCAGAAGAAGGGCGACAGUUACGAAGUUUACAUCAAAGGAAUGUUUCUUAUUUGAAAAAUUUGCUAUUGAGAGAAGGUUUUCCAGUGGAAGAUACACCAAGCCACAUUAUUCCGAUAAAAAUUGGAGAUCCUCUUAUAUGCACCCAAAUCUCAAACAUGCUUAUGGAGAACUUUGGACACUACAUACAAUCAAUAAACUAUCCAACAGUUGCACGCGGCCAGGAAAAACUUCGUUUAGCUCCAACACCUUUUCAUACAUUUGAAAUGAUGAAUGCUUUAGUUACGGACUUAAAAAAGGUCUGGGAUAAGCUUAAACUUUCAACGAACGUACCGCUCACCCCCAACGGAUGCAUGUUUUGUAGCUCUGAAAGUUGUUGGCAUCAAGAUAAUUGUCCAGAUCUUGAGUGUGGCAUUCCUAACUGCCCACGCUUAGAGAUAUCGGUGGCAGCUUAAUAUAUAUUUCAUGCAUCUGUGUAAUCUUCUUACUGGCUUAAUGUGCAUUAUGACAAAUAAAUAAUGGGUUUGGUAUUA